UCUCGGUUUCGCUUGGUUCCCGCCGGCGGGAUUCACAUUACCAUUUUCCGGUUCUCAGUGGCCGCCGGUGCUCUUCCUGUCUCAUUUGUUUUGAAGGUUUCGCUCCCUUAAGUUUCAUGGCUUGGUGGGAAGGCGUUGAUGAAACUCGUAUUCUCAUUGCCCCUGAUCAAGGGGUAAAAGGAAAUGAUUCUGGAUGCUUGCUUUCACUUCGCCAUCCAAAAUCAGGAAAUACAACAUGCUUUUUAUACGGAAAUGAGAUGCUGAAGGAAAUUCACUGGUUUAAGCAGUCAUAUUCAUCGUGGUUUUUGGGAGACUAUAUUACUGAAGAUGGUCGUCUCUAUUCUGCCACUCCAGUAGAUCCGGUAUUUAUUUUCUUGCCCAUUUUUGAGGAAGCUAGAAUGAAGAAGAGAGAUGAUCCUGGGAAAUUCAGGCAAUUAGAUGACAUAAUGUUCAUCAAUGGGUAUCCUGGUUAUCAGCGUUUACUGUCUGUUGCAGAAAAGUCUAUGCAAGUAGUUUGUGAGGUUAAAGAGGUUGGAUCAUCUAGGUUUUUUAGGCUUGAUGAUUCAAAGGUAUUGGCAUGGUUAUAUCACAAGGUAUGUCAGCUGAAAAAAACCCUAUGCACACUGGAUAAAAACUAUGCUGCAAGGGAAGAAAAAGAUACAUUAAGCGACGCAGUUUCAAUAUUGGGGGAAUACUUGAAGGAUGAACCAUGGUUGAAGCUUUUAUGUGACCAUCUCAAGUUAAAUUUUGCCGAAGCAAUCAGAAAAGCAUCGGAUGCAGAAAAGGCUCCUAUAAGCAUAGAGAACAAUUUUGAUUCUAAUAUCUCACAGGAUAAGAGUAGGAGUGGCGCAAAGAAUACAAGAAAUGGAAAGCAAAGCAAGAAGCCUAAGGUGGAGACACAAUCACGGAACAUCAAGGACAUGUUUUCAAAGGCUACAAAAAGAAAAAACUGAAGCAUUUCAGAUUUCAGAUAUUUGAUGAUCUAAAGCAGCCAACAAAUUAGGUCGCCACUCGCCAGAUGGUGUCAUUUGUGCACAUUAACUCACGCCUAUCAUGUAAUGCCUCUCCCUUUACUUUCUGAUCUGACAAUUUUAACUUGCCUAUAAAUGCAACAGUUUCGAUUCGACCUGGCUGAAUGAAGCUAUGGAAUGGUAUAUUUAUCUAACUAAAAGGUAAAAGUUUAAGGGACUAUUUUGUUUCUUUGA